AACAGAGGCGGGACAGGCUUCUGCUGGGUGAAGGAAGAAAGUCAGUUAAUUGAGUACCCCUUGGUUAAUUUGCACACACACAUUGGAGGGGGGAGGGCAGAACCUCAGUUGAUUGAGAACCUCAGUUAAUUGAAUAGCCCUUGGCCACGGCCCAUGGUUAAUUUGCUUAUUGGCCGCAGUACACACACACACAGAAGACGGCAAAGCGAGAGCGGCGAGGAAAGAUGCUGGCCGGUUUGGCGGCUCUACCGACUACUUAGGGCAGCUAAGGCGCCCCCCCCCCCCCGCCGACGCCCCAAGGACAGGUGAGUUCGGCUCCCUGGUCCCGUCACCAAAGGCGCAGUGAGGAGGAGGACGUGAUUGGCACUACGUUGGGGACUGAAAUGCCAACCAGGAGACGGCAAGGCGAUGAUGAGCUGAAGUGUGGCUGAGGGCCAGUGGGAACACCGUGGCUGCGCUGCUUCCUUCCUGGGGUCUUUUAACGGCCUCCUGCUGACUCCUGUUCUUGCUUGUCUUAAGACUUUCACAUCCACGGGUACGGCUUGUGCCAGACGUCACAUAGGGUCAGGAUUCCGAUGUCUUGACUUCGGGAUCCCAGAAGAGCUGAGACACAGGGAUCCUGCACGUUUCUCUCCCUAGCAGUCUCCACAGUGCAGGAAAGGGGUCGACAGUUGUGGCACUCAGACACAGAUGCAUUGUGCACUCUAGGAAGAAAAACUAAGGCUACACAUAAAAAAUGUCUCUGGAUCCUCCGAGACAAAUAGGAGUGUGGCGACAGACCAGAGCUCUUUUAUACAAGAACUGUCUAGUUAAAUGGAGGACUAAAAAGGCUAGUGUUCAGGAAGUCCUGAUUCCACUUACCUUUUUAGGUUUGCUAAUAAUAAUAAGCAUGAUUCAGCCUAACAAAAGACAUGAUGAAGUUCCAGAUUGUAAUCUUGAUUCUACGAGUUGCUCCAGCAUCUCUGAGUUUAUUAUUGGCUACACACCAGUGACUAAUAUGACAAGAACAAUCAUGCAUAAAGUGACUUCAGAAUACUGCCCAGAAGCAGAAGAUGCAAAAGAAUUUCUGAGUGAGGCAGAAAUGGAAGAGGCCAGUCUUCAGGACCCUGAAAACUUUGUUGGUGUCAUUUUCAGUGAUUCCAUAUCCUAUCACCUCAGAUUUCCUACUGUAGGGGCUCCAAGAUCUUUAAUCCUCCCGACAUCAAUAGCCAGUUGUUCAACCCCUUCCAAAAUGUGUGAAGCUGAAACAUACUGGCAUUAUGGAUUUGCAGGCAUACAGAUCUACAUUGAUGCAGCAAUUAUAGAGUUGAAGACUAAUAAAUCAGUUUUGGAAGAACUGGAAUCAGCAAAAGCUGUCAAGAUGGGAAAGUCUGCUGUUGUGGAAAUAGAUAAUUUCUUUCGUGCAGUAAUCUUAAUUUACUUAGUUAUUGCCUUUUCACCUUUUGGCUAUUUUUUGACUAUUCAUAUUAUGACAGAAAAAGAGAAGAAACUGAAGGAAUUUUUAAUGGUAAUGGGACUUCAAGACACAGCUUUUUGGCUUUCUUGGGUCUUGCUCUACACCAGUCUGAUUCUUGUCAUGUCCCUUCUCAUGUCGGUUAUUGCAACAUUUUCUUCGCUCUUUCCCCAAAGUAGCAGCUUUGUGAUAUUUCUUCUUUUUUUCCUAUAUGGAUUAUCCUCCAUUUCCUUUGCAUUUUUGCUAACCUCUCUUUUCAAAAAAGUGAACUAUGCUGGUUCAGCUCAGUUUUUCACAACUGUGGCUUUUGGUGCUGUGGGCCUGAGCAUUGCCCUGUUGGAAGAUUUUCCAAAGUCUUUUGUGUGGUCACUAAGCCCACUGUGUGAAUGCCCCUUUUUAAUUGGUGUUGUACAGGUGAUGCAUCUGGAAGAUUAUGAAGAAGGAGCUAUUUUCUCACAUAUAACUCAUGGCCCUUAUCCACUAAUUAUUGCUUAUACGCUAUUGACCCUUGAUAGUAUGCUUUACCUGCUCCUAGGGAUUUAUUUCGAUCAAGUGAUUCCAGGGGAAUAUGGAUUGCGGCGAAGCUUUUUCUUCUUCCUAAAGCCCUCAUUUUGGGUAAAGCGAACAAGAAAUUAUAAGGAAUUGUAUGAAAGCAGCAUUAAUGGAAGCUUAGAAUUCAAUGAGAUUGUUGAGCCUAUAUCUUCCGAAUUCCAGGGAAGAGAAGCUAUUAGAAUCAACAAUGUUCAGAAAUCAUAUAUUAAAAAGGGUGAAACUGUGGAGGCUUUGAAAAGUUUAUCCUUUGACAUUUAUGAGGGUCAGAUCACAGCAUUACUUGGACAUAGUGGAACAGGAAAAACAACAUUAAUGAACAUUCUUUGUGGAUUGUCCCCACCUUCUGAUGGAUUUGCAUCGAUCUAUGGCUGUAGAGUUUCGGAAAUAGAUGAAAUGCUAGAUAUAAGAAAGGUAAUUGGAGUCUGCCAGCAGUCAGAUAUAUAUUUUGACGUAUUAACCGUGGAAGAGAAUUUAUCAAUAAUAGCUUCGGUUAAAGGAAUACCUCCCAAUGAUAUGAUACAAGAGGUCCAGAAAGUUUUACUCGAUUUGGAUAUGCACCCCAUUAAAGAUAACCAAGCUAAAAAACUAAGUGGAGGACAGAAAAGAAAACUGUCAGUUGGGUUUGCAGUUCUUGGAGAUCCAAAGGUAUUACUCUUAGAUGAACCAACUGCUGGCAUGGAUCCAUGUUCACGGCAAACAGUUUGGAACCUCCUGAAAAAUGGAAAAGCCACUCGAGUGACUGUGUUCAGUACCCAUUUCAUGGAAGAAGCAGACAUUGUUGCUGAUCGGAAAGCUGUGAUUUCUCAAGGAAUGCUGAAAUGCCUUGGCUCCUCUCUGUUCCUUAAAACAAAAUGGGGAAUUGGCUACCGCUUGAGUAUGCAAAUAGACAGAUACUGUAACACAGAAGGCACAGCAUUUUUGAUCAAGCAGCAUAUCCCUGGAGCCAGUUUGUUAAAGCAGACUGAAGAGCAGCUUGUGUAUGCCUUACCUUUUAACGACAUGGACAAAUUUUCAGCACUGUUUGCUGAUCUAGACAUGCAUUCCCAUUUGGGUGUUAUUUCUUAUGGUGUUUCCAUGACUACCUUGGAGGAUGUGUUCCUCAAGCUGGAAGUUGAAGCUGAAAUUAACCACACAGAUUUCAGUGCAUUUAACUCGGAGCAAGCUGAAGAUGAAAUGGAUGCAAAAUCUAUGGAUGAGUUAGAGCAAAGCCUGCUAAUGCUAUCUGAGACAAAAUCGUGUGUACUAAGCAAUAAGUCUCUUUGGAAAAAACAGGUCUCUACUCUGGCAAAAGUUCAUUUUCUUAAUUUCAAACGUGACAUCAAAUCACUCACGGAAGUGUUUUUGCUAUUAACAGUGUUCCUUGGUGUUGAGAUUUAUAUGUUCAAUAUGUAUCGGCAAUACUUCAAAAAUGCAGUGGUUCCUAUUACGUUUUCUCCAGACUUAUACUUUCUUAAACCAAAUGAAACUCAUCAUAAAUAUAAAAGCAGUCUCCUUGUUCAGAACUUCACUGGAUCAGACAUUGAUGACAUCAUCAGCUCUCUUAUACGCCAGAAUGUACACACAGAAAUAUUCAAUGGCAGUGAUUAUGUAUCAGUUGCUCCCCACAAUGGAGCAUUAAAUGUAUCUCAUGCAGGCAAGAGCUACAUCUUUACAGCUGCUUUUAACUGCACCAUGAAACAUUCUUUACCAGUUAUGAUGAAUAUCAUUAGCAAUCUGUAUCUGCACAAUUUAAAUGUCACAGAAAACAUCCAUGUCUGGAGUAGUUCGUUCUUCCAAAAAAUCACUGACAGAGGUUUCAUAAUGGUGCUGGUUGUUCAAGCUUUGACAGUAGGAGUCACAAUAACUGGAUUGCCAUCAUAUUUUUCCAUGGACAAUGCAGAAAACCACAGGAUCAAAGCCUAUACUCAACUGAAGUUAUCAGGUCUUUAUCCAUCUGCUUACUGGUGUGGGCAAGCACUAGUUGACAUUCUUUUAUAUUACAUAAUUCUCCUCCUGAUGGUUGGAAUCUUGUUCAUAGUUCACCAUGGGAUUAUUUUUUCCCCUGAGGAGGCUCUUGCUGUGGUUUUGUGCCUUAUUGGCUACGUACCAUCGGUAAUUCUUUUCCAUUAUGUUGUCUCUUUCACCUUCAAAACAAUACAAAACACCAAAGAAUUUUGGUCAUUAAUUUUUUCAACAGUAGCCUUGAUUUGUGUUAUUGUUAUUGAUGUAGCUUUUAUUCAGUCGUACGCAAUAGCAAUUAUAAUUCACACGUGCUUUUCUAUCUUCAUCCCAAUAUAUCCUCUUAUUGGGUGUCUCAUUUCUCUAACAGAGGUAGCAGAGAAGCUUGGUCGAAAUAUGGAAAGAAAUACAGAAAGGCUAUUGGUUUCAACAAUAGCGGUAGGCACCAUAUUUUCCCUUAAGAAUUCAAGAGAUGGAUUGUCUGGAUACACUUUUACACAUAAUGACAAGCCCUACUUGCAAUGUGUCAUUUGGCUCUUCCUUCUACGCUAUCUUGAGGUGAAAUGUGGAGGCAAAUCAAUGAGAAAUGACCCAUUUUUCAGAACUUCUGCAAAGCUGAAGGCCAGGAAAUCGCCAGAUGUGCCGUUUGACGAGGAUGAGGAUGAAGAUGUUGUGGCUGAGAGGUUGAGGGUUAAGGAGAUGACAACGAGCCAGAGCUGUGAGGAGAAACCUGCCAUUUUGGUCAGCAAUUUACAUAAAGAUUAUGAUGAAAGGACAGAUUUUCUUCUUGGAAGAAAAAUCAAGAAGGUGGCAACCAAUCAGGUCUUUUUUUGUGUAAAAAAAGGAGAAAUUAUGGGACUGCUAGGCCCCAAUGGAGCUGGGAAAAGCACACUGAUUAAUAUGUUGGUGGGAGAAGUAGAACCAACCUCAGGCCAGGUGCUGAUGGGAGAUUAUUCUUUAGGCGAAAAUAACAAGGAUAGCUCCAUGAGAUUUAUGGGAUACUGUCCGCAGACAAAUCCACUUUGGCCUGAUAUUACAUUGCAGGAACAUUUUGAAAUUUAUGGUGCUAUCAAAGGAAUGAGUGAAAGUAACAUGAAAGAAUUCAUAAAAUGCAUUUCCCAUGCACUUGACCUCAAGGAACAUCUACAGAAAAGAGCAAAGGACCUUGGAGUAGGAAUCAAACGAAAGUUAUGCUUUGCUCUUAGUAUGCUUGGUAACCCUAACGUUACUCUAUUAGAUGAGCCAUCUACUGGUAUGGACCCUGUAGGGAUACAGCAGAUGUGGAAAGCAAUUCGGGCAGCCUUAAAAAGUAAGGAGAGAGCAGCAAUUCUGACAACUCAUUAUAUGGAAGAAGCAGAGGCUGUGUGUGAUCGAGUCGCAAUCUUGGUGUCUGGAAAAUUAAGGUGCAUUGGUACAGUUCAACAUCUCAAGAGUAAAUUUGGCAGAGGAUAUUUCUUAGAAAUGAAAUUAAGAGAAGUGCCGGAUUUACAGCAGAAGGAGCGUCUUCAAAGGAUGGUUUUGCGCAUCUUUCCAAACGCAAGUUGCCAGAAAAGCAUUGCCUCUGUUUUGGCUUACAAAAUUCCAAAGGAAGAUGUCCACUCGCUUGCAGUAUCUUUUUCUAAACUGGAGGAAGCAAGACAUGCUUUUAAUAUUGAAGAGUACAGCUUUUCUCAAGCAACACUGGAACAGGUAUUUAUGGAACUUGUCAAAGAGCAAGAAGAGGAAGAGAGCAAUUUUGGAACCCUAAAUGGAACAAUUAGCUGGGAAAGAUCCCAGGGGGAGAGAGUUAUUUUCUGAUUUGUUUCACAUUGCAGAAAUUCAAGAGCUUCGCUUGUCACGGUUUUUGCUAAAUAUUUGUUUGCUGUGGCCUAGAGAACAAAUAUCUUACAGAGCCUAUUCCUGAACAAUUGAGUAAACCUACUUUGCCUUAUGGAAUACCUUUAUUUUUGAAUACUCUUACUACUAUUCUAAGACUUCCUUCUUUUUUAAAAAAGUAAUAAUGAAAAUAAUGAUUUUAUCCUUUUGUUUUGUUCUGUAGUAAUGGUGGAAAGAGGGCAAUGUACUUAAUAUAUUGUUUGGGGGCAAUUUAUUUUUCAAGGAACUCAUUAGCUUUAAGAGAAGGACCAUGGCUGGGCCCCAGUGAACUCUUUCUAACCCACUAAAUUUAAGCUUCAGGUAAGACCAAUCGUCCUAUUUCAGUGGGUUAAGGAAGGGUUAACUGAGAUGGGACUUACCACGCGAUUCCCAACUGCAGUGCGAAUACUAAAGAACCUGAUGCAACACUGUGCUAGCAUCAGCUGAAGAAUACACGCCCAGUCUGUAGUGCCUAGGGAAGAUCAUGUUGCCACUUUACAAAUAUCCAGCAAUGAUGUGUUCGCAGCAUUAGCUGCUGCUGACCUAAUUGAAUGAGCAUGAACCUUUGUUUGCUAGGGUCAUUGUUGAAGUGCUUGUUAACACUCUAUUGCACUACAGUACUUUAAAAAAAGCAAUUGCACUUCCAGAAAUCCCCUCAUCUCAGCCUAAAACAAAGGGAGUACAAUAUGGGUUAUGAAAUAAACCCUGCCCAAUGGACUAAACAACUGUGGUCUAAACCUCCCUUUAAAUCUAUAUCAGCCAAAAGAAGGCAACUCACAUUGAAACUUAAUCUCUAGAUGGUACCUAACAAUGCAUAAGGUGGUGCUGUCACACCCAGGAACCCCACCAAAAUGCUGGAGCGGUUGUACCCUUUUGGACAUCAGUCCUACAAGAAAUAGGCAAAAUAACAAAACAGGUACUAGAAGCCACCCGAGAACUGGCCCUACUGAAUAUUUUCCAAGACAGUAGGCACAUUCACACUCCAAAGAACUCAUAACCCACCUAUGCUCAGCAGCCAGGAUCAUCAUAACUAGACACUGGAGGUGACCUUCAGGAGUGAACAUAAGCCACUGGGACCAAACUGUCUGGGAAAACCUAAGCAACAAAUUGAAACUAGCAUGGGGACAAACAAAAGAGGAUGCCUCCACCCCAUUGUGGCUCCCCUUUAUUACAUACAAAGCCCAACAAGACAAGAACCCACCGACUGCAUAUGAAUUGAUAUGACUAACUUGACCUAACAACCCCUGCCCCUCACCCAUGCAAACAAAACUCACUGCAGUCAACUGAAGGCAAUCAAGCAGGCCUUGCCUCCCAAUCUCCCUCACCGCCAGUGAAGACGAAUGAAUAGAAAGAGAACCUACCCAUGUGACUCUGACACAAAACCUUGCACAUAACACUAUGUAAAAUAAGGAACAUUUAAUACUUCUCCCCCCCCCUCUUCUCCCCCAACCUUUUAUUGACUAAAACAUUAGCGUCUCAUGUCAAAUAUGACUGAUCUGUAGAAAGGACUCUGAACUGAAAACAGAUGCUGUUUGUACUCAUGUAACCCAAUAAAAAUUAAUUUUAAAAAAGCAAUUGCACUUCAGAAUUAGUGACAAGGCAUUUAUGGCAUUCUUCUAGCUCCCCCUUUUGGGUUACAUGUUCUGAACAACAGUCACAUUAUCCAGAAUAGAUCUGGUCAGAUGGGUAUAGUCAGCAUUUCAUGAGCUCGAAAUAAGUAUUUUGCUUGCAGCCAAUCACUUUAAGCCACUAUGAAUUACAUUCAAUAAUGUCAAAAUACAUUUCAAUAUAUGUGUAAUGUGGUAUAAGACUACCAAUGCUCCAUUUUGUUUUGGAUGGUUUAAACCGUUACCAUUGCAAGUUGCAAAGAACCCUGUAUACUGCAUGCAUGCAUACGUCCAUUUGUUUAAAUGGGUUUCUCUCACUUUUCCAAUGCAAAUUGUAAAGGCAACAUGACUAAAUCACUUUAUACAGCAUAUUAAAGCAUUGCAUUAUCUUUUGCCAUUUUUAAUGUCAACACACAAGAUGUACUACAUGUUUGACAGACUUAACUUUUUGUGUUCCUUUUCAAGCUCUUUACAAUUUGUAGCAGCACACCCCAGUUCUAAUGUUUUGAUAACCAUGGCAAGCAAUGAAUCUGUUCCAUUGGCCGCUGGAAUAACAAAAUAGAGGAAUAAACAUUUAUAUGAUACAA